AUGUCUCAAAACAUUCCUUACGGGGGGUUUUCGUGGUACGCUGGAAAUCCGGACGUGGCAUUAGCUCAACUCGAGCAUAUGGAUGAGGUAGAUGACGUGGGGAGAGUCUACGAAGUCGACAUCUCGUAUCCGCAAAGUCUGCACGACGAGCACAAUGAUAUGCCGUUCCUACCACACGCAAGCAUUCCACGCGGGUCUAAAGUUCGGAAAUUAAUGGUUACAUUCGAACGCAAGGAAAACUACGCCAUACAUAAUAUGAAUUUGAAACAGGCCAUUGCAAACGGAUUGAUAGUCGAAAAGGUGCAUCGAGUGCUACAAUUUCGACAAUCUCGAUGGCUUGCACCGUAUAUCGCGUUGAACACGGGGAUGCGUGCACGGGCUGCUAAUAAAUUCGAGGAGCAAUUUUUCAAAGACAUAAACAACAGUGUAUUCGGUAAGACAAUGGAAUCAAUGAGAAAACGUAUUAACGUAGAACUCGUGUCAUGCCCCGUCAGGAUGUGA